GCCCCGCCGCUGACCAUGGCCGAAGGCUGGCGCUGGGCCGGGCCGGGCCGGGGCGCCCCGCGGCCGAGCCCCCGCCGCGCCGUCAGCGUCUGCGAGUCGCUGGACUUGCAGGGCGUCCCCGCCGUCCAGGCCGCGCUCGGCGCCGCGCAGCAGCAGCGCCGGCGGCCCAAGAGCUUCUGCGCGGCGGGGAACGGGCUGCCUGGGGCGCUGCUGCCGCCGCCGCCCCCCGCCCGCGCCCGCGGCGGCCUCCUGGACCUGCUCCGGCUGCGCUCGCCCCGCAGGCAGAGCCCCGAGGACGAGAGCGACGGCCCCGAUGAGGCGCAGCGCCCGCGCCCCAGCAGCAUGACCUUCCUCCCCACCGCCCGGCCGUCGCACCCCACCGAGAGCCCCGGCUUCCUCAGGGGGGGCUCCCUGUGGGGCAGCCGCCGCUGGAACCUCUUCGGGGGCAGUGGCUGGAGCAGUGGCUGGAGCGGCUCCAGCCCCAGGAAGAACUUCAGCUCCCUGCGGAAAAGCUUCAGUUUCCGCCUGCGCCGGGGCCACGAGCUGCGGCGGUCGGAGUCUGGGGGGCUCCUGCGCCCCACGCGCCUCCGCACCAAGAGCGAGGGUGAUGCCAGCUCCCUGCACACCUGCCCCAGCAAGCGGGACCUGCUGUACCCAGAGCUGACCAGGGUCGGGGGCCGGCUGCACACCGACCCCGUGCAGACAGGGGGACUCUGGAAACUCCUCACGAGCCGCUUCCGAAGGCGAGAGCGUGGCAGCACCGGCAGCAUGUGCCCCAAGGAUCCCCAUGGCGGUGUUGAGCCUGUCAUCCUGGGUGGGGGUCCUCUGCGGGCUCUGGAUUCGUUUGUGAACAGCCAGGAAUGGACCCUGAGUCGCUCGGUGCCUGAGCUGAAGGUGGGCAUCGUGGGGAACCUGUCCAGUGGCAAGUCGGCCCUGGUGCACCGCUACCUGACCGGCACCUACGUGCAGGAGGAGUCUCCAGAGGGUGGCCGGUUUAAGAAGGAGAUCGUGGUGGACGGUCAGAGCUACUUGCUGCUGAUUCGAGAUGAAGGGGGCCCCCCUGAACUCCAGUUCGCUGCCUGGGUCGAUGCAGUGGUGUUUGUCUUCAGCCUGGAGGAUGAGAUCAGCUUCCAGACCGUCUACAACUACUACCUGCGGCUCUGCAGCUACCGGAACACAGCGGAGGUGCCGAUGGUGCUGGUGGGCACACAGGAUGCAAUCAGCGCCACCAACCCCCGCGUCAUCGACGACUCCCGGGCACGGAAGCUCUCCAACGAUCUGAAGCGCUGCACGUACUACGAGACCUGUGCUACCUAUGGCCUGAAUGUGGAGAGGGUCUUCCAGGACGUGGCUCAGAAGGUGGUGGCUCUCCGGAAGAAGCACCAGCUAUCCAUCGGCCCCUGCAAGUCCCUGCCCAACUCACCCAGCCACUCAUCUGUCUCCGCAGCCUCCAUUCCUUCUGUCCACAUCAACCAGGCCACCAACGGUGGAGGAGCCUUCAGUGACUACUCCUCCUCUGUGCCCUCCACCCCAAGCAUCAGCCAGCGGGAGCUGCGGAUUGAGACCAUCGCUGCCUCCAACACGCCCACCCCCAUCCGCAAGCAGUCCAAGCGGCGCUCCAACAUCUUCACGUCUCGGAAGGGCGCGGACCCGGAGCGCGACAAGAAGGUGCCGGAGUGUAAAGCGGACAGUAUUGGCAGCGGGCGGGCCAUUCCCAUGAAGCAGGGCAUUCUCCUCAAACGCAGCGGCAAGUCCCUCAAUAAGGAGUGGAAGAAGAAGUACGUGACGCUGUGUGACAAUGGGGUCCUCACCUACCACCCCAGCCUGCACGACUACAUGCAGAACGUCCAUGGGAAGGAGAUUGAUCUGCUGAGAACUACGGUGAAGGUCCCGGGCAAGCGGCUCCCCAGGGCCACGACAGCAGCAGCGCCCAGCGCCAGCCCCAAAGCCAACGGGCUGGCCAAGGAGCGGAGCAGCUCCCAGCUGGCAGGAGGCACAGGUGCUCCCCACUCGACCAGCAGCACCUCCCUGCACUCGGAGCGCUCCAUCAGUGGCAUCAACCUCGUGGGCUUCAGCUCCAAGCCGGACGGGAUGCACCAGCGCUCCUACUCUGUCUCCAGCGCAGACCAGUGGAACGAGGCCGUGGCGAUCCCCGGCAGCUGCCCCAACCCCUCUAAUGGUACAGCCGACUCACUCAGCUCCAGCCCAAACAUUUCCAGUGCUGCCAGCCCGAAGCUGGAGCCGCCUCCGUCACCACAUGCCAACAGGAAAAAGCAUCGCAGGAAAAAGAGCACAGGGACAACUCGGCUUGAUGGCCCCAGCACGGCAACAGAAGAACCAGAUGAGCCAUUUGAGUUCAUUAUUGUGUCGCUGACGGGCCAGACAUGGCUCUUUGAAGCCUCAACAUCAGAGGAGCGGGAGCUCUGGGUGCAGGCCAUUGAGAGCCAGAUCCUGGCCAGCCUGCAGGGCUGUGAGAGCAGCAAAAACAAGACUCGGCUGGGCAGCCAGGGCGACGCACAGGCCAUGCAGGCCGUCCGCACCGCACGUGGGAACAGCUUCUGCGUGGACUGCGAUGCACCGAAUCCGGACUGGGCCAGUCUGAACCUGGGCGCUCUCAUGUGCAUCGAGUGCUCCGGGAUCCAUCGCAACCUGGGCACCCACCUGUCCCGUGUGCGCUCCCUGGACCUGGAUGACUGGCCUAGCGAGCUUCUUAUGGUCAUGACGGCCAUCGGCAACGCACUUGCAAACGCUGUCUGGGAGGGAAUGGUGGAGGGGUACCCCAAGCCCACGCCUGAGAGCAGUCGGGAGGAGAAGGAGCGCUGGAUCCGGGCUAAGUAUGAGCAGAAGCUCUUUCUGGCCCCACUGCCCCAGUCUGACAUCCCGCUGGGGCAGCAGCUGCUGCGGGCCGUGGUGGAGGAUGACCUGCGCCUCGUGGUGACACUCCUGGCCCAUGGCACCAAGGAGGAAGUGAAUGAGACCUACGGAGAUGGAGAUGGGCGCACAGCACUGCAUCUCUCUUGCGCAAUGGCCAAUGUAGUCUUCACGCAGCUGCUCAUCUGGUACGGAGUGGAUGUGAAGAGCCGGGACGCUCGGGGCCUGACCCCACUGGCCUAUGCCCGGCGAGCCGGCAGCCAGGAGUGCAUCGACAUCCUGCUGCAGCACGGUUGCCCCAGCGACAGCGCUGCCACGCUGACCCCCAGCCUGCCCCGCCGCAACACCAAUGCCAACAACAACGCCUGCGCCACGGCGCCGGUUGAGUUCAGCGCCAGCCCCAGCACGGUCUAGCCCUGCACGGGCCCUCCGGUUGCCGCACAGCUGCCCUCCAGCCCUGCCGGGGACCAAGGCCGCAGGAAUGGGUCUGAGAGCAGCACAGACAGGCCCCCGCGGUGCUUGCCCCCACCAGAACCCCUGUUCCAGCCAAGAGGAGGCUGGGAGCCAGCCGGGAGCCAGCAUCCUGCUCCUCUGCACUGGUUCCAGCCACCUCUCACUGUGCAGCUGUGCAGACCCAGUGCUGUCAGCUUGUGGAGGGGCUCCUGCAUAAUCCCUGGGGUGGCUCCAGUGCACCCCAUUCUUGUGACCGGUACAUGGAUGGGGGGGCAGUUUCUCCUGCCCCCCCCCCCCCCCAUCACACACAUCUGUAGAUAAAGCAGGGGCUGGGGACAGUUCAGGUGUGUAGCCCCCCCCUGCACAGCAGUACCAGGGAGGCUGAUGGCUGCACCCACUCCCUCAGGCAGGUCAGUUUGGGCACUUCCUUCCAGCUCUCCAUCCGUGUUGGCCUCGCCACGCUCCCCAGUGCAGUGGUGAGGUGGGGAGCAGCAGGAGGUGCGUAUUUCUCCAUUGUGCCCCCAUGCUCCUCUGCUUCUGGCCGGUGCAGGAGGGAUGCAUGCACCGAUACCGCUCCCCGUGCGCUGAUGCAAGGGUGGCAUCUCCCCAGUGCAGCCCCUGGACAAAGGCCUCCCCAGCCUCCCUGGUGACCUGGAGCGUGAAGAGGAUGGUCACCUCGGAAUCCCCAGCUCUGUCUGUCUGUCUGUCUGUAGAGUCACUGUCCUUCCAGGUUAAAGCUCCAAGCUCCAAGCCAUACACAGUGUCUCCAUCAGAGCCUCCCGCUGGCUCCCACUGCUGCCCAGGUGGGGCUGGUCUCCAGCUGAGCAAGAGGAGAGGAGAGGAGCGUCUCUCUUUGCAUUGGGGUCAAGCCUCUAGCUGAAUGCUGGAACCCCAAGGCUUUGGACACUGCUAUGGAAUGUCUCUGUCACUUGUGUAUAAAAUGUACAUUGGAAAUAUUUAUAUGGACACUCUGUAUAUACGGUUUCUUUUCCAUGAGUUGCCCUGUGUGUGUUAUCUGCAGCCAAGGAGAUAAAGGCCAAUAAAGCAACCCCCCUCCUGCCA